AUGGUAAACUUGCUUUUCCAAAUAGGCUUGGCUGGUGUACUGUUCGCUGGAAGUACUUUCCAAAGGUUGGCUAAUAAGCUAAUAAGUCGAGUUUCCGACCUCAGGAAAAAGAGCGGAUUCCUGCGCUUCUCUUUCCCAAACCAGGUCAUUCUAAGAGCGUUCUCAUCCCAAAGUACUGAGCUGGAAAUCGACUUUCAAAUGCAGGAAAGCUGUAGUUCAGGACCCCAGUCUUGUGAUUUGACCGACCGAACUUGGAAGGCUUUGGAACCUUGGUCAGGGAAUCCCGAGGAAUCUCCGUCUGACCCCUACUGGUAA